GAGUGACAAUAUCCAGGGGGCGCCGCGUGUCUCUGAAGCUGCCGCUACAACUGAGAAACGAGGGCGGAUUGCGAGACAAUUACGGCGCUGGAUAUGAGCUGUACUAGGAGAAGGGGAGGACGAUGAUGAGGAGGCAGCAAGGACGGCGAGAACUCUCACGGAGCCGACGGACCUCGGGAGAGCCGCUCUCCCUAGCGCUCCUUGCACGCCUUGUUGCAUUUCUUGAGCUCUCUUCGCACGUGUUCUGGCACUUCGUGAAGCUCUUGCCGCAAUUGCUGUUGCACGUCCUGAGCCUCUUGGCGGCCGCCGACGCGGCCUCGCGCGCCUUCCUGGCGGCCGCCGCCGCCUGGGCCGGCGUCGCGCCCGCGGGGGCCGCGGCCGGCGAGGGGCCCGUGUCCGCAGCGCACGCCGUGUUGCAGGACGUCUGGUCGGAGAUGCACUGCGUGACGCUCAGGGUCUGCGUGUGGGUGCACAGGGAGGCGCAGGCCGUCGGGUCGGUGAUCGGCCUCUUCCCCUCCUCGUGGUGGCCGCCGCGGCGCGCCCUCCGGAGCGGGUCGACGUUCUCGCGGGAGGAGCAGAGAACGCUCCCCCCGAAGGGCACGUCGAAGUCGAGGCCCAGCUCCCGCAGCGCGGCCGCGGGGCGGUGCCCGGAGCCCGCGCGAGGCGUGCCCGCGGGCGCUCCCGGAGCGACCAGCACCAGCGAGCCCGCGGCGGCCGCGGCCAGCAGCAGGGCCGCCAGCAGGGCGGCCAGGCCAGCGGCGCUGCGGCCCCAGAGCCCUCGCCGAUGUCAGGGCCCCGCUGAUGGGCGCGUCGCGAGGGCCAGAGGAAGGAAGGAAAGAUACCGAUGAGGGAGGAGGAGGCGCACGCCGUGACGGAGUGAGCGUUGGGGUCGCCGCCGCGCCAACGCCACGUGAACCUGCCGUGCAACCGCCAGCCUUGGCCAGGCCCCCCUCGGGCCCUGGACUGCUGCAUGGGUAUGGGUCGGGGGGAACGAGAGGGGGGGAUAGCAAAGGGUAGGGUAG